AUGACGAGUGAUGGACGUCUCAUCAGCUGCUGCCCACGGAGUGAAGGGGAAGCUGUGCUUCAAGUGACUAUUUCUCUGGGCAAAGUGGAACUCAGUGUGGGCGAGUCCAAGUUUUUCACCUGUACAGUAAUUGGGGAGCCUGUCAGUAUAGAAUGGUACAGUCCUGAUGGUCAAAAAGUCGUCUCCAACGAAAGGGUUGUGGUACAGACGGAGGGGAUACGAUCAAGGCUCACCAUCUACAAUGCCAACGAGGAGGAUGCUGGGAUCUAUCAGUGUCAGGUGUUAGACGUCAAUGGAAAGUCUCAGGAAGCUACGAUCCUGGUGGAAAUUUACAAAAAGCUGACCUUUCAUGAAAUCAAGUCUCCCCAGGAGUUCAGAGAGGGAGACGAUGCUGUGGUGAUAUGUGAAGUAAACAGCUCUCCCGCACCCAUAGUAACUUGGCUUCACAAUAACAGAGAUAUCAUCACUGAGCUGAGUGACAAGUUUACAAUGGUCGAUAACAACAGUUUGAAGAUCCGACGCAUUAGCAAGAAGAAUGAAGGCAUUUACCGAUGCGAGGGGAGAGUGGAGGCCCGGGGAGAAAUUGAUUUUAGAGACAUCUCUGUUAUUGUGAAUGUUCCUCCCGUAAUUCAUGUGCCCAAGAGAUCAGUGAAUGCUACGGCAGAUCGCCAGGAGUCCGUGACAUUGACGUGCACAGCCACUGGCUCUCCCGAGCCUGACAUCAGCUGGUACAGAGAUGGGAGACUCAUUGAAGACGAUGAUAAGUACGUGUCGAAGAGAAGCACGGAGCUGACGAUAAGGAACAUUGCCCAGGAGGACACUGGGGCUUACAUCUGCAGAGCAACAAAUAAAGCAGGAGCUGUGGAAGAACAGUUGUCUGUAAAAGUCUUCGUUCCACCGCACAUAACACUGCUGAAGAAUGAGACUGCAACAGAGAAUGGCCAUGUGGUCAUCACCUGUGACACAGAUGGAGAUCCUAUACCAUCCAUCUCUUGGAGUAGGUUUGACAAUAGAAGCAGUUUUCCAGAUGAAGAGAAGAUUCCAAAUGAGAGGGUUGAAGUGCGUAGACAGAAGGGAACAUCCUCAUUGCACAUUAGGAACAUCAAGCCAAGUGACUCAGGAGCGUAUCAUUGUGAAGCCACGAGUCCAAUUGGACGAGAUGAGAAAAGCAUGCAUUUGGAUAUUCAAUACGCUCCCAAGUUUCUGUCAACUCAAGUGACCUAUUACUCAUGGGAAGGGAAUUCAGUCAACAUCAGCUGUGAUGUCACAGCCAACCCUCAGGCUUCUAUCCACUGGAAGAAGGAAGGUGUUGUUCUCUCUGAUAUCAAUAAGUCUGACGUCAGUAUUUACAAGAAAGGCACCAAGAUCCUGCUGGAGAUUACUCCAGCUGUGGACAGUGACUUUGGCAGCUACAACUGCACAGCCAGUAACCAGAUAGGAACCAGGUCUCAGGAGUUCACCCUUGUUCAAGCUGCUGUCCCGUCCCGACCAUACGGAUUGAGAGUCCUCGCCGUAUCGCAGACAAUUGCAAGAAUCUCCUUCACCAAGCCAGAUUCGCAUGGCGGGGUCCCAAUUCAUCACUACCAAGUGGAAGUCAAUGAAGCAGAUUCAGGAGAUUGGAAAACAGUGAAUUCCAAUGGGAGUCAAACUCAUGUUGUCCUCACCAAUCUGAAGCCCAAUUCAACCUAUCACUUCAGAGUAGCAGCAGUGAAUGGGAAAGGCCAAGGGGAACACAGCCAAAUGGAAACCUUUCAGACUCUCCCAGUCCAAGAGCCCAGUCCCCCUACAGUGCAAGGACACAGUGGUAAUGGCAAGAACUAUAAACUGGUUGUGACCAAACAGGAUGAUGGAGGAUCACCCAUCCUAAGAUAUGUGCUCAAAUACAGAACUAAAGACAAGGAAGAGGAAUGGAUGCAGCAGAUAGCACAGGGAAGCAAAGAUUCCAUCAUCCUGGAAAGACUUCAGUGGGACAUGCGGUAUGAAGUAAAGAUCACAGCUGUUAACAAGUUGGGUUCCUCCGAGCCAACCAUCUAUGAGUUCACCAUGCCACCAAAGCCCAACACCAUCGCCAAUACCCUGUUCAGGAGUCUUGGACUGGGGGCAGUUGUUGGUCUUGGAGUUGCUGCACUCUUGUUAAUCCUCGUCAUCACCGAUGUCAGCUGCUUCUUCACAAAACAGUGUGGAUUGCUGAUGUGCAUCACCACAAGGAUUUGUGGGAAAAAGAAUGGGUCAAGCACCAAAACCAAGGAUGCCGAAGAAGGCAAAGCAGCUUAUCUGAAGGAUGGUUCAAAAGAGCCCAUAGUGGAGAUGAGGACAGAAGAUGAACCAAUCACAAACCAUGAUGGGAGCUCAGCGAAUGAACCAAAUGAAACCACACCACUCACAGAGCCUGAAAAGCUACCAUUAAAGGAAGGCAAUGCAAAGGAAGUGUUGAGUCCAGAAAACAUAGAGGAGGCAGUGCCCAAUGACGUCAUCCAACCGAAAGAAGACAGCAGCAAAGCAUAA